AUGCAGCGCAGAAGCUGUCGGAAAUCGAACAAAGAUUAUGCGGCAACUCAGUACAGAGUCAACGAUAUCAGUUUUUUUUCCGAGAGCCAUACAUUUCUUCAGGAUGGUUUAUCAAACUUCUCCAACAUCUCUCUUAAUCGUUUCAUGAAAUCUACAGUAUUGGGCACCAUCAAAAAGAUUAAUACCGGCUAUCUCGGUGGAGCCAGAAUCGUUAUGAGGAAUCUAUCGGACUUCUUCCGGACUACUGCAGUAAGCAAGUUGGAGUUCAACGAUAACAGUGGGGAGUUCCUUCUAGGUGAACCUGAAACAAAGAUCCAGUUUACUUUGCCCAGUGACGCAAGCUUAACUGAUAGACACAGCUUCUCAUUAUCACCGAGACCCAAUCCGGUGCGACGUGGCGACUCAGUCAGGGAUCGUAGCACCUACAACCUGGUACAUAAAGUCUCUAUGAGGCACCGAUCAAUUGCGCUUGAUAGCAACGAUAGUGGUUAG